AUGGAGUGUCCCUCAUCUGUACAACUUAGAAUUAAUAAUAUUUCGGGACAUAUCGUUCCACAGGGUAAAUGUCCAGUCUCUCACCACUUUGGUGCAGAGUCGGCUGGUCGUGCAUGGAGUAUCGUCAGUACUGCACCGAAUGCACCAGCAGCACCGAUUCGUGUUUUGGUUACAGGUGCUGCCGGUCAGAUUGCAUACAGUGUCAUCUUUAUGAUUGCAAGCGGUCAGAUGUUCGGACCACAUCAACCAGUGAUUUUGCAUCUCCUCGAUAUUGCCAAGAUGGCAGAUGCACUCAAGGGUGUUGUUAUGGAGAUUGACGACGGUGCAUUCCCAUUGGUUGCUGGUGUAGUCGCCACCACCGACAUCAAAGCAGCAUUCAUGGGUAUUCAAGUUGCACUUUUGAUCGGUGCAUUCCCAAGAGGACCAGGAAUGCAACGUAAAGAUCUCUUAAAGAUGAAUGCAUCGAUCUUCAAGGAGCAAGGAGAAGCUCUUAAGAACUACGCAUCUCGUUCCGUCAAGGUUUUGGUUGUUGGAAAUCCAGCCAACACCAACGCACUCACAACAAUGACACAAGCAUCUGGUUUGCCAGCAUCAAACUUCUCUGCACUCACUCGUCUCGAUCAGAAUCGUGCACUCUCAAUGAUUGCUGAAAAAGUUGGUGUCAAUGUAAACAAAGUAAAGAAUGUUAUCAUUUGGGGUAAUCAUUCAUUAACACAACUAAUCAAUCGUUUUCUUUGCUAUAACUCUAGAGUACCAGAUGUAAAUAGUGCAUAUAUUCAAAACUAUCCAUCACCAUCAGUUAUUACACCAGUUUCAACAGCAGUCAAUGAUGAAAAGUGGAUUCGUGAACAAUUUAUUCCAUUGGUUCAAAACAGAGGUGCUGCUGUUAUUGCCGCAAGAAAGUUGUCAUCUGCUGCCUCUGCAGCUACCGCUGUUGUUUGUCACAUGAGAGAUUGGGUAUUGGGUACUAAAGAUGGUGAAAUUGUAUCGAUGGCUGUUUGUUCAGAUGGUUCAUACAACGUACCAAAGGGAUUAAUCUUUUCAUUCCCAGUGACUUGUCGUGGUGGAGAAUGGACCAUCGUACAAGGACUGAAAAUAACCGAUUUCAUCCAAUCAAAGAUCGAUCUUACAAUCAAAGAGUUAAAUGAAGAAAAAGAAGCUGCAUUAUCAUUUUUGAAUUAA